CGAAGCAAGUAACAUUCAGCUUAGAUGCUUUUAGAAAGUGUACUUGAUUACAUCUGUAAUAUAAAUCCGUGUACUAUAAAUUCUUUGUGUUUAAAAAAUUGAGUGAAGAUAGAAAGCAGUGCCCUUAUAAUGGAUGGUAAUUACGUGGAAACUGUACUGGGAUCUACGAGAAUGUCCAAACUCGGCACAGUAUUAACGCACGAGUACUUACUAAACGAUUUUUCCAAUCUCUACAGUCAUUCUUCGGGACAAAUAUAUGAUUUUAAAUCCUCUUCUUUACAGAAUUUCGGAUAUGUUAGACAGUAUCCAUAUAGCCAUCUGUAUAAUCUGCGGCUUAAUGAUGAAGAGGGAAUAAAUGCUACUAUUAAUGAUGUGAAGUUAUUUAAAGAAGCUAAUGGUGGAACUAUCGUGGAGAAGAGCAGUUGUGCCAAUCGCAAUAUUCGUUUAUUGAAAUCGAUUAGCAAAGUGACCAAAGUUAAUAUAAUUAUUGGUACAGGAUAUCAUAUUACUGAUACAGACAAUGCAUUGACUUGCACUACAACCUCAGAGGAAAUGUACAAUCAAAUAUAUGAUGAAUUUGAAAAUGGUUGUAAAGAUUAUCGCGAUAUGAAGCCAGCAUUUAUCGCAGAUGGCGGCAAUAUUCUUCUAGAUUUUGAAAAACGUGCUCUUCGUGCAAUUGGCGAGUUUCAAGGGCAAUAUCGUUAUCCCGUGAGUUUUCAUCCCGGAAAAGAUGUAAUUCCACUUAUCGAAGUAAUGCGAGUUUAUCAAGAAGCAGGUGGACAGCCUACAGAAUUUGUUAUGUCCCACAUCGAUCGUACAUCGUUCUCAAGCAAAGAGGAUCUCAUGGAAUUCAUCGACGACACCAAAUGUUACAUUCAGUUUGAUCAGUUUGGUGUGGAGUCUUCUUUCUAUCAGUUGAAUUCAUUCAUUGAUAUAAUGUCAGAUGCGCAGAGUAUCAGACUUAUUGCACUGCUAAAGCAAGAUAAAAAACUGAACCGAGUUCUCAUAAGUCACGAUAUUCACACCAAGCAUAGGCUGACAGCUUUCGGCGGGCUUGGAUAUGCUCACAUUACAAAUAAUGUUGUGCCAAACAUGUUAAAAAGAUAUUUUACGGUGGAAGACAUCAUUCUUAUAAGAAAUAGUAAUCCUUACAGAUGGCUUAACCGGCUUAAUCUAUAAUCUAUUUGCUGGAUAGAUCGUAUCAGAUGGUGUAAAGCUCUAUUUUAGAUUAUAUAAAACAUAAAAUGAUGAACAUUUUUUUAAUGUAUUUUUUUCUUUACUGAAUAAUACUCUUAUUUGCAACAGUC